CUUUGAAAGCCCGCCGGGGGUGUCAGCCAGGGAGAGCGGGGGCCCGCGAGAGGAACUGUUCCGUCCCGGACGAGGGGAGAAACAAACAGCGAGGCCGUGCGCGAAAAAACCAUCACCCCGAGCGCGAGUGUGUGUGCGCGCGCGCGUGCGUGUUGUGUGUUUCGACAUAAUGCCCGUUUCCGUCCGCCGGGUAUGACCACCACCAGUGCGGGACGCUGACUUCUGCAGUGAGCGCUUGUCGUCUGCUACCAGACUGACUAGGUAGGCAAUGUGCCGGCUGCGUCGUUCCCUGUCGUGACCGUGGUCCUGCGCGACGAGGCACGAAAAAUCUCAGCGCUUGACUUCUCCUCUAGUGUUUCUCGUUCUUCCUCAGCUUGGCUCGUCUCCUUUCGGAAACGGUUCGCGCACCUAACGCGCAACGCGUGGCUCCAGUGCUGUGAAAAUCGCGCCGUCGGCAGGCUUGACUGUGUUUCGUCUGCUGUCGUCUGCGAGCAGGAUUACGCCCUUGGCAUCGUCUGCUGAACGAUCGAAAAUCAAGAGCGAUACAGUACUCAGAAUGACGGAAUACGGCCUGACGGAAGAGCAAGUCGCAGAGUUUAAGGAGGCCUUCAUGCUGUUCGACAAGGACUCCGACGGCCGCAUAACGUCAUCCGAGCUGGGAAUCGUCAUGCGUUCUUUGGGACAGAGACCGACCGAGACGGAACUGCGGAACAUGGUCACGCUCGUGGAUACGGACGGCAACGGGACGAUCGAGUUCAACGAGUUCCUGUUCAUGAUGUCCAAGAAGAUGAAGGAGACGGACAGCGAAGAAGAGCUCCGGGAGGCGUUCCGCGUGUUCGACAAGAACGGCGACGGCUUCAUCUCGGCGUCAGAGCUGCGGCACGUCAUGACCAACCUGGGCGAGAAGCUCACCGACGAGGAGGUUGAGGACAUGAUUCGAGAAGCGGACCUCGACGGAGACGGGCUCGUCAACUACGACGAGUUCGUCACAAUCUUGACGGCUCCGAAGUGAGCGGUGUCGCCCAGCCGCACAGCCUCGGCCCUGUCCAGUGAGACGAAUGACGAAGACGUCAACGUGUGUCCACGUGCGCGAAUCUUCCAGUUUGGCAAUACAACACCGCGCCCUGCGGGAGCGGUCGAAUCAUCGAAGCAGCGAAGAAUGCCUCCCCCUCUCCCCCCUCCUUCGAACCGCCACGGACGCUGCCCGGUGUGGGUGGACGUACAGACCUUGAUCCCUUUGAAGCCUAUGUAGCCACCAACCAACUUCGUGCGAUAACUCGGAUUUCACUCUUCGUUUCUAUUGUUUUCUGUUUUCUAUUUUUUUUUCUUUCCGCACUGUAACAUACACGCGCUCCCGGAAAGGUGCAACGAUUGUCCCUGGCUAUAGCAGCACCCUCGUUUGGUCGCGUGCAAGACGGCGCGUAACAAAAGACGCGCAGAGAAAUAAUCCGCGGAGUUUCGCUAAAUCGAAACUUUCGCUAUAACGAAAUAGUUCGUCAAAACGUGAGAUUCGAUUCGGAAAACAAGGUUUUUUUUUUUUCCCCUGCAUAAAGUUUUAGCAGCUUGAGCAGUUUCUUUACGGCGGAUGAGAAUGGUCAUCCUGCCACAUCCAUAACGGCUUUGCGCCGUUGCUCGAGCUUUCACUGCUUUAUCUCGAAUCGUUUUCAACUGCUUAUCCAAAAUCGUAAUGGAGUGAGCUCUGCUCCAUGAUCGCAGCGUGGAGAUUGAGCGCGAACGAUAAAAGUCACCGGGGGAGGGGCAAAGAAUCUGAAGUGGAAUCGCUUCACUUGUUACGCCAGGCCAAGUUAAAUAUACGUUGCCAUGGGACAAAUUGGACCCUUCGGGGUGCACUAUUGUUGCAAUGCGCAGUGUGGUCACCCGUGCUUUUGAGAGCGCACAUUAUGUGUUUUACCAUUGACGCUUCCCCACACCCCUCCAACCCGUUCUUCACGUCGUUUUGACCAGCACUCACCACACUACACUCAUUUUAAUCGUUUUCAAACCAAAGAAUAAAAGGGGGUAAAAAAAAAGAACGUAAUACAUAUUCAGAAAUUUGACUCACGCGCUGCCCAAGAACGAAAAGCUUUUUUCAGUCCCAACUUUAUUGCUAGCAUACGGUCGAAUGUUGAGCUGUCUUCGGCCACUGCCACAUACGCUGGGCCUUACAUCGCUGGAGUGGCGGGCUAUCUUCGGGCGUGGUACUCGGAAGACCCCAUGUAUCUAAGCGAUGACUCGGAAGUUUAGUGUUUUGUUUCUUUGUUUAUUUGUGUCACACUGAAUUUCGUAACACCUGCAAGGGUUUUAACGAUAUCCCUGGCGACCAGCGUGCUCGUUUAGUCGGGUACAAAAACAACCUGUACGUAGGCAAAGUCGUGAAAAAAAUAAUCCUCGAAUUUUGUGAAAUCGGAAGAUUCGCGGUUAACAAGCGGCACCCGUAUAUGUUGUGUACCAAUAAUAGUGAGUGACCCAAAAAAUGGCGGUAUUUACCUUGAAGUUUCCCGGAUCGGCGAUGUAUUUAGUUCUGUAAAGCACUGCAGCUCCACGCUUUGUUGUAUACUGAAGGCAGGUGGCACAGGUGCAAAGCGCCACAGAGUGUAGUUGGCGUAGCGGCAGAACCCUCCCGACCUCUCUUUGCACAUCACGUGAGUACAUCAUCGCAGUGUUCAAAAUGCGCCACAUUCAGCCACCAUGGAGCACUGUUCGAAAUCCUACUCAUCUCGGCGUACAUUGGGCCUGAGGAAGCAGCUGCUUCGAUGGCGGGUCACCGUAGACAGCGCGCGCCGUUCGAAAACUCUCGAAAGCGCCCCCUAGCGUAUUUUUUACCAGACCACGACAUCGCCCGUCCGAAGUUGACAAUCGCAACACCUAUGGCUGAAGCAAGCAUAACAAGAAAACCAAGCGAGGCAUAAAUCGAGCCCUUUCGGAGAGGCAGACCGGAUGUUGCGAUUGACCAUGGUCUGUAGUCACGUGUUACAAACCGUAUAGCGUUAACCGCGUAGCAGCACCUACAAAAACGCUUGUCACUAUAACAGCGCGUGCGUAGCAUGCGGCAGAUCGAACAUCACAGAAUACGUAAAGACGCACGCGUUGUACGCUUUUCGUCGAGCCAGUUGUUGCGUCUUAACCUCUGACAGAUUGUUUUGCUGAGCGACAAGAAGUUUCAAGUGGCUUCUGCGCACCGCGUGAAAGUGGAAUGUCGUUCACGUUUAUAUAUGCGCCGUGACGUUUGGUCUCCCUAGGCUGAAAACAACGGACACCUUUUAAUUGAGCAUUUAAGAACUCAUUAUGAGAGUGUGUAUAUAGCAGUGGUCACAUCGCAAUUGGGCAUAAAUACUAAACAUUGCAUAGGCGUACGUCACUACACUGUUGGAUAUUUAGCCGACAAAAAAUGGCUUGACUGCGGUGGUGAUGUAAGGUAUCGGCGUUUUUGAAACUGCGCUAAAGGGAUCGAAAGAGACGUGGAAGGAAGCGCGCAGGACAAGCGCUGAAUUGACAUUUUUAACAGGAAAAAACAGCGCAUAAGUACCACAAAUAAGGCUAACCUGCGCGCGCAUACAGGCACACUCAACCAACGGAGCCGAUCUAUUCCGCAAUCGAAUAAGGAAAACAGUGAACUGACAUGCAACUAUCAGACAAACAUAUGAUGUGAAACGCUUCCACGAUUUUACGUAUAUCCUCUCAUUGUCGCAUCUCUCCCAUUUCCUUGUUUGAUUGCGGUACAGGUUUGCUCGCAGAGGUGCCGUUGAUUGAGUGUAUUCGCUGUUUUGCCUAACGUGAGCUGUCAGUCAGCGGCUCUCCUGUGCGUUUCUUCCCGUGUUAAUUAUUCGCUCCUUCAGCGCUGCUUCCAGUUGCCCAAUCGUCCGAUUUGCCACGUCAUCAGCGCACGGCCGUAGGCGAGAUAGCGGAGAUAGAGAGGAUCGAAUCACUAAAAAGUACACCAACAGAACACCCGAACAGCUUUAAUGCCCAACACGUGCGGUAGAGGGCGGGUCGCGCGACGUCUUGUAGAGGAGUCGAUCGAGACUUGCACCGGAGGAGUGGACCGCCGUAUGAGUAACUGCUCUGACGAGUGUGCGACGUCCAGCAAUAACCGACAGUUUCGCAGGCGAGAUAGCGGAGAAAGAGAGCAUCGAAUCGCUAGAAAGUACACCCACAGAACACCCGAACAGCUCUAGUGCCCAACGCGUGUUGUAGAGGGCGUGUCGUGCGACGUCUCGUAGAGGACUCGAUCGAGACGUCCACCGGAGGAGUGGACCGCCGUAUAACUGCUUUGACGAGUGCCCGACGUCCAGCAAUAACCGACAGUUUCGCAGCAACGUGGGUUGUGAGGCAAAACGUCAGGGAGACGUGGACAAGACGCGAAGAGACGAGACGUUAGAAAUGUUCUUUAAGCGGAGGAGUCGAGAAAUUUGGAUGCGGUGAGGAUUCUUUCGAUAGUCUCGCGCGUUCGCAGUUCCCGCGAGACGUCGUCAGCAUUUUUACCUAGCGAUGCGCAAGAUAAUUUGGCAGCUCAUUGGAACUUCCGCAGGGCUUGCACUAUUUUUUUUUCUUUUUGCUUUUCAAUAAUGACGGUUCUCUCUCUCUCCCUUUCUCUUCUUUUCCCCCAUUCCUCCAACCGUCUUUUGCGUAUUUCUACUAAGUGUAGUUCCUCCUUGACAAGCACUGUGAUCGUGCUAGUUUGGUGCGGCUUCGUAACUUCGCAUAGCUCAGGAAGGACUAAAAACAAAGAAAGUACACAGGACAAGUUACGGUCCUCCUUUGGCGCCUUUUAAGUCUCGAACCUUGCCAUAUAAUUGAGAUUAUUUUUUUCCCCUACUGAACUUGUCGUUGCUGCAUGGAAUCUGUGAGAAGUUAUGAGAACAUGUUCCGUGGCUUCUCUAGUGCUAAGGGCGAGGGUUAGCUUCCACUUCGCUUGCUGCCAGCAGCACUACUUUGCAUGCCUGUCCGUAGGUGGCAUGCCCACGUGUGAAUCUCCCAACUUUAGGCCCAACGCUUCGCAGUUUCUUGAAACAUGGGGGCGAUAGGCUAUGUGGCCAAUUUGGCAAAUGGCAAGGCUAGAAAUCCUCCCACGUCGUUAGCGAGCGAUGUCUCCAUUUUGUUGUUCGUCGCCGCAAUUUUUUCUGAUGAGCUCUGCCCACUCUUGAAAGCCGUCCUGUUGGCUAUUUUCUGCACCAGCAAAGUGCCCGCAAUACGAGAUACAACGUUUCUUAGCAGUAGAAUUAAUGACUGGCCCAUACCUAAGUCCGUAUCCGCAAGAAUGUUUGUUAAAAAAAAUAAACUAAAUAUUUUCCAGACUAGUGCAGAAGCCAUAAAAGGACCCAGUGUAGGUGGUCAAAUUUUGCUGAAGCGCAACGAACAAACUUCGAACACCGAGUUUUCUUUUUUUCACAACCACACAGCGAUAUCACCCAAUCAUCCGUCACCGCGCACAUUGUUACCGACAUCUAUCCCACAUGUUGACCUCUGGCGAAAACUUUUUUGACAUUCAUUGCUGUGUGAAGUUUGUGAACCAUCAGCUUCAAAGUACCCAGCAUGCACGCGCAACCUGUGUAAGCACUGCUGCGUGGUUUUUUGUGUGUCAGAGAAACGGGGCUUUGGAUUGUUUUCUUGAUUCAAUACUUCCCAAGCAAGAGGUGUGCCGUCGCUCCUCGCACAUGUACAAACAUUUUCCUCCUCUGCUUUGACUGAAGACACCCCCCAAAAAAUAAAUGCAGAAAGUGCA